AUGGUAAAACAAAUUGAUCGCCAGCAAAGGGAUUUAAUGAUAGCGCAGCGUGCACUUGCCUGGUCUGAUGUAGCAAGAAAAGUAGCGCAUGAGAUUAAAAACCCUUUAACCCCUAUUCAUCUUGCUUCCGAAAGAUUACUACGAAAAUUUAGCAAUCAAGUGGAGGAUAAAACAGAAUUUAAUAAGUAUAUUCAGAUGAUUAUCAGUCAUACUAAUGAUAUUAAGAAAAUUGUUUCAGAAUUUGUUAAUUUUGCUCGGUUACCUGCUCCAAUAUUUACCAACUGUGACUUGGUGGCACUGGUAAAGAAUAUAGUUGAUUCACGUAAAUUAAUUAAUGACAAAAUUUUAUAUAACUUCACUACUACUGACGUUUAUAUAGAUUUUAUUUGUGAUACUACCCAAAUUAAUCAGAUUAUGGUUAAUUUAUUAAAAAACGCUGAAGAAUCCAUCCAAAUGGCUAGAUCGCAGCGGGGAAUUAUUACUACUUCUAUUAGUAUAUUACAGGAUCAAAUAAUUAUUACAGUAACCGAUAAUGGGCUAGGUUUCCCUCCUAAUUUAAUUAAUAAAGCAACAGAAGCUUACAUUACAACUAGAUCUAAAGGUAGCGGUCUUGGCUUGGCUAUUAUUAAGAAAAUAGCACAAGAUCACGCAGGCACCCUGGAUCUAGCUAAUCGCCCUGAGGGAGGAGCGGUGGUUAUUGUAACAUUCAAUAUUGAAGAGCUAAAAUUAAAAUCUCUAGAGAGCUUUCCCCAUUAA